AUAAAGUGAACACCGCUUGGAAGGGAGGGUUUUAAACACUUCCUGAAAAAGUUACACACUCAGGUGUGCGCAUGAAGUAGCGUGGGUUUCACAGUCAUCAUGACAGCAUGGAUAUGCGGAUUUUUAAACUUCUUCUUUUAGGAUUAAUUUGCAGUUAUCAAUUUCCGAUUGCAUCUCAAGCGAAACACAUACCAUGUCGUUCUCGGGUAUCCAGCGACACCAUGCAAGAGACAUUCUGUCAACUCGGCGAGCCCGACAAGGAUCACAACAAGUUGUCCUGCCUGCGCAACGAGGAAGUCGUCAUCACUGACGUCAUCCAGGGCAUCAAAAGCCAAGCUGCGUGCACGCGCCAGGUCAUAGGUCAUGACAACGUAAUCUUCUGCUGCAAGAAACAGGGGAGUGACAUCUUGUUGGACGCCAAUUGUCUGAGACGCAUGACGCACGAGGAGGAAAGGGAGCGGUAUACCUCGGCGCUCCUGUCAAUCCUGAGCACGUGCAGUCAGAGGAGAUCGUGCGUCCUCAAUUACACGACGGCCAUGUUGAUUCCAAGAGGGGUGGAGUCUGUGGAUAAAUUCGCAGCUUACGUAGAAGUUGCGUAUACGUGUUAUAAAGAACAGUCUCAUAAAACAACGCAAAUCAGCUUCUGCGAUGCUGUCACCGGAAACGGAAGCAGCGUCUUUUUGAGAAGCCCGGAUAAAUACUCGGUGACCGCAGACGAUUCGUUCAACUGCUCGUGCAGUGUAACCUCCGCCAGCCGUAUUAUCGUGGUGGCGUUGGACGUCAGACUGGGUACCAGUGAAUCUUCGUGUGGUGACGUUCAGAUGGUGUUUGCAAAUCGCACGGACCAGUCUUACCUGACGUGCGAAGAAGACAAUGUGGUGUUUGGAUCGACGACCAUGAUGGAAGGCAACCAGACGGUCUCCAUUCACCUGAAUCGACUCCACAUGUCACGGGUUCCCAGUAUGGUGUGGCUUAACAUUUCAGCCAUAGACGGGUCGCAAGUAAUAAUAGUUUGUACAGAACCAGCACAUCCGCAACCUUCAGAGAUUCCGCCAGUUCCACGAAUUGAAGCUAACAGAGAAACUGAGUAUGGUUUCACUUACUGGUCGUUUGUGUUUGGAGUAGUCGGUGUGAUAGGCGCGUGUUGCACGAUGGGUAUCGCGCUCGCCAUUUUUCUCACCUGUAGACGAAGACUACGCACCAGAGAUGAGAAGUAUGACCUUGAACCCACGUACGCCACGGUUGCGGACUACGUGCACCACAGCACGCCGAUGAGGAUGUCUCGAAACAGUCUGUACUCACAGAAGAAGUCGCGGAACCUCUCGGGCGACACCUACCGGUCAGAUUGCGACAGCCACGACGGCUACAGCAUUAGCACGCUGGAGAAACGCCCCCCAAUUCCGCCCUCCCCUCCGCCCAAGACGUACGACGCGUACAAGCGCGUCAAGGGAGGCGACUCUAACAAGCUAACGGUGGACGUGGCCAUUACACCGACCAAGGUGGAAUUUAUAGACUCGCCCACGUCCGAUGAGAGACUUAUUAGCGAGAAUGAGGAUGCCGAAGAAGAGCAAGUGACCGAAAAUAUCAUGGUUACAAAAUUAUGAAGAAAAAAAAUCCCCAUAAAAUAAAACCUACUGUUUGAUUUUAAUGUAUUGAGACUAUUAAUCCUAGUUUUCUGGAAAUGUUGUGGUUGCUGAUUCUGGAAAAUUUCUGAAUUCAGUCUAGUUCUUGUUCCAGACAGAUUCUUAGUUGAAGUCUUGAUCACACACUGGAUACACAGACGAUCCAAUGUCGCUUGCUAUUUGUAAAGUGUAUCCAGUAUCUCAGACUCAUAUCUGAAGAUAAUAUGGUUACAAAAUCAUGAGAAAAAAGAAACGAACUAAGGUCUUCUGUUUGAUUUUAGAGAAUUAAGACUACUAAUCCUAGUUUUCUGGAAAUUUAGUGUUACUGAUUCAGGAAAAUUUCUGAAUCCAGUCUAGUUCUUGUUCCAGACAGAUUCUUUAAGGCGAUUCCACACAAUACGAUUGUCUCGUACGUGAAUAGCCGAUUAUAUAGCAAUUGAUGAAAUUGAUGUCUUGUCACAAUCGGCUAUUCUAGAGGCUAUUCUCGUACGAUGCACUCGUAUCGUGUGGCGUCGCCUUUAGUUAGUCUUAAUCACACACUGGAGACCGACGAUCCCAUGUUGCAUGUUUGUUGUACAGAGUGUUCGCAGUAUAUCAGACUCGUGAAUCGAAAUCGACCAAGACUCAGUUUGAAUCCGUUCUAUUUCUGUGGAGUGUUCAGGAGGUGAACACUUUCGAGCAGUUUUGACUGUUUUCCAUCUGUAUCCCAUCACAUUCAUUUUACGUUCAGCGCAAAAACCAAAGAGCUAUUUCACAAAAGAUUGUAAGCCUAUUUUGUCACGUAAACGUAAAUCUAUGGCUAAACGACAAUUCUUAUUAGUAUUACCAAUACAACAAAUAUACAUGUAGUUUGAAGUAGACGUAUUUCAUUUUCUUUUGUCCUUAAACUGCUGCAUCUUCCGUAAAAACAAAUUGCGAGAUAAAUGCCAAAUACGUAUAAACGUAUAACAGAUAUAACUGUUAAUCACACACGUAAACGUACUAUGUUUUGUGAAAUUCGGUCUUGGCUUGCGAGCGACCGCGAGCGCUUGGUUUCCAAUUCGAUCCCAUUGUGAGAACCUGAUGUUAAAUUAAUAAUGUCUAUAAGAUACCAGUCUACCAAUUUCUCUUCUUGAACGCGGCUGGAUGACAAAAUAACGAGACUUUAGUAUAUGAAUGUUAAUUUGUGAUUUGUUUUCCCACCUUUAUACCUGUCUCAGUAAUUAUUACAAUUCAUUAAUAUGUAUAUUUAUCCGGACUGUAUGGAAGGAAGAUUGGUCUCAACAUUGACAAGUUCACCAAGGAUCUGGAAGUUACCAGUAUUUUGUUUUUCGUUGAUGAGCAUUUGACUUUCCAUCUAUGAUUAUGACUUGGACAAGGGUGGAUCCAGGAGGCGGGGACAAGGAGGACCUUUGGGGUUUUUUAAAGCAAUUUUUCUUUUACAAUUUUCUUUUCACGAAUGCUAAAUGUUAUUGGCGUGCCAUUUUCUGAAGUUGGUCAUGACUUGAAUGUGAUUAAAACAGGAUGGCUUCAGACUUUAUGAGUUAUGAAAACUGUUUCCUCAAGCGACUAGUUCUUUGGAUUAUUUUGUAUUAAGAAUUUUAUGUAGUAUUUAUCCAAAUCCAAGCUCCAAAAAAUGUGCUACCUGCCAACACUAGAUUCCUGCUUACACCUGGACGGUACUACUUACGGCUACUCCCCCAAAACUGCUUAAGAAGGAAACUGACGCCCAUGCUAUAACUAAGGCAAUUUUACUAUUACCUUUCUAAGUUUAUUACAUUAUGUAUUUGUAAAAUAAAAUAUUAAGUAAUACCGGUAUUCUUGAUUAGAAUGAUGGACAUAAAAUAGGUUACUGAAGAAUCACGUCCCCUUGAGAAAGUGGACGUAUUUCCUGCCAAAACAUCAGACACUAACUUUAGGGGCUGUCUCAAAACUGCAUAAUGAUGUUUUCCCGCCAAAAUUAUUUAUUAGCUUUUGCUUUGAAAUGUGAACAUUUUAUGGCCUGUUUUAGACUUACACGCGUGUAUCUAAAUACAUUUACAAUGCUUAUACACCUGCGUUUAAGAAAAACAGGUUUCGUAAAUUCUGCCCUAUACCUUCAACUACAUACACAUUAACAAAAUUACAACCAAAUAAUUUUAAUUUACUAGUAUAAUUUUUUUUUAUUAUUGGAAAAUAUUUAAUGGACAACAAUCGGAAUUGGACGCGUUCAGAUGAUGAGGCAAACACUCCGUAACGCUAUGCCAGUUGAGAUUGUCGACAGGUUUACUGUCUUGGUGCAACUCACAAGUCCCUGACGGGUCUAUCCAUGAAACUUGUCAUGAGUUUAUGGAUUCGCCUAUGUUAUAAGAAUUGUUACGAUAAGGCAGGAAUUGGGUUGUACUGAACGCAACUCUGUAUACACAGUGUAUAAAUACACUAGUAUUUCGAUAUUCCCGAGUUAUUUAUGCAAAGAAUAUGCAUGGAAUGGAUUAAUUUGUAUUUAUAUAUUAAAAAGAAAUUAAAAAUAGCGAACUAUUACACUUAUAUUUAUGAUGUAGCACCUUUAAUUUUCUAGGAUCGAUCCCUGUCGGUAGACCCACUGGACUAUUUGUCGUUCCAGACAGUGCACCACGACUUGUAUAUCAAAGGCCGUAGUAUAUGAUAUCUAGUCUGUGCGAUGGUGUAUAUAAAA